GCAGUCCUCCGGCGGAGGGGAGGGAUGCUGGCUUCGCGAAUGAAGUCAAGGGGACGCCGGUGCGGGCGGCACUGCGGGAGAGCAAUGCGACGCUGGGAAUGGAGAGCGGGGGCAGUGGACGGGGCCAAUAAGCCUUUUGCGUGAUGAUUGAUCGAUCCGAUCCCUGGUCUCUGGGGCACGUUACGUGCCAAAGGGGCCUCCUGGACAUUCAGAGGCCCCAGCCGCGUUUCCCCCGCUCUCGAAUUACAGCGUGGCAGCAUGUUUUGGGGUUGGGAUUGGGCUAGAGUGUUGAUCUGAUCUGCACGAAUUCGUUCAUUCCAUGUCCAGCCGAAGCUGUGUCUGGGUUGGAGACGAAUUGUCGCUGGAUAGCGUUCACGUCGGGCCUCCAACUGUCUUCGGAGGUCUUGGACUUCUGCGAAAGCCGGGUCUUUUUGCGAUUCACAUAAUUGGAGAGAAGAACGGCAUCAGUUUUCCUGUCACGGUAGGAGUGUGCGGAGAAGCUGCCGGCAAUCAUCUGCGGAAGUAUGUGAAUGUUGGAUGUCCUCAAUUUGAGGAACUGCAGGAUUGCUGAAUUGAAUUGGUGAUGUCUUGAUAUGCUGCUCGAUACAGCAGGUUUGCAAAUUUCGUUGGCGCUUCUGUCGUGUGGCGACAAGUGGGGAUGCCUUUAGGUGUAUCACAGAGUCUCACAACAACACUGGCUUCCUCAAGAACCAUAUACUUGUCAAAUCCGGGGAUUUCUGAGAACUAUGUCUGUGGACGGAGUCACAUAAGACACUGUAACACCGUUGUUGCAAAGGUGAAGUGUAAUGUUGCCUCGCCCGGAGACACGGGAAGCAGUUCGGAAAUGAAGCUUCUCCACACAAAUAAUUGUACUGGUAUUUCGCAGGCUGCAGUAUGUAACUCCAGCCUUAUAAUUCGCGAAGCGUAUUUGACAGACUUCUGGGAAGUCUCAGAUACUCACUGUGGCGCGUUCUUCCCACAUGUCAAGUUUCCGAUGGAUUUUAUUCUGCGAAGUGAUAGGGCUAUGACAAUGCUUGGGAAUCUGACACUACCAUCAGAUCAGAAGCGCAUUUGUUUGGUUGCCCUGGAAGCUCUUUAUUUGGAUAGUGUGGAGACGGAAAGUAAAGGGGAGAACUCGAAGCCGCAAUUUUCCUUUCUCGUCAACUUGGCUGGAGCCGGUGAGCUUUCAAGCAAAGUCUCUGGAGCAUUGACUAUGGACACCCUUGCAGAAUUUUUACCUCGACGGAAGCCUCUGAGCCGGCGUAGGACCGGGAUAGCUUACGUUUCAAAUGUUGCUGUGCGGCCCUCACGUAGGAGGAGAGGAAUUGCUGGUCGGUUGAUUAAGGAGGCACAAAGAAUUGCACGUACUUGGGGAUGCCGGUCAAUGGCACUUCAUGUUGAUGUCAACAACGCUGCUGCGGAGGCCUUGUAUUUGCGACAAGGAUUCAGACGCGUGAAGAUUCCUGCAGGAGCUAAAUGGCCUCAACCUCAGGCUCUCCCUGGUGCCAAUCUGCAACUGAUGAUGAAGCACUUAGGAUGUUGAGUUGAAUGCCCUAUGGUACCAAGACGGCCAAGACGGGUUAGAUGGCCAAGACGGGUUCUUGUGAAAAUAGUGAGAAAUCAUAACUGUGCCAUACAUAUGUACCAAUUGUGUCAUACAUGUAACAAACAACUGUACAGGUUAACUCAAGUUUCUCUGAAGAGGCUGUAUUUGACAGACCAAAUAUAUAUAUAUAUAUGCCUUCAGGAUAAGCGCUGGAAAAAGCGUUCAAUUUAUAGUC